AUGACGCCGCCAAACAUGUGUUGCUGCGAGUCAGGAGUAACAGGUACAAGAAAAGAAGAAGAAGAAGAAGAAGAAGAAGAAGAAGAAGAAGAAGAAGAAGAAGAAGAAGAAGAAUAUAAUAAGCUUCCUCCGCGGGAAAUUAAGGCGAAAGAAAAGCUCGUAUGUCAGUCCGCCGGGAACUCUCGUGGAGCAAUAAAUGGCAUUGCAAGGAGCUCGGUCAGCGGUCGGGAAGAGAAGUUUGAAGAAGCAGAAAUCAGUCUGGUUUUUAUGGUGACUGAUGGCAUCGCCGGCCUCACCAUCACGCAAAUUGAUGAUCAUCAAAGCAAGGAGCCUAUAUAUAAUUCUUCUCCUUCAAUAACCGUGGAUAUGACGCCGCCAAACAUGUGUUGCUGCGAGUCAGGAGUAACAGGUACAAGAAAGAAGAAGAAGAAGAAGAAAAUAAUAAUGCUUCCUCCGCGGGAAAUCAAGGCGAAAGAAAAGCUCGUAUGUCAGUCCGCCGGGAACUCUCGUGGAGCAAUAAAUGGCAUUGCAAGGAGCACGGUCAGCGGUCGGGAAGAGAAGUUUGAAGAAGCAGAAAUCAGUCUGGUUUUUAUGGUGACUGAUGGCAUCGCCGGCCUCACCAUCACGCAAAUUGAUGAUCAUCAAAGGAGAUUAUGUCUUCAUUCACAUCUCUUUCGUUCUUAG